AUUUUAAUCAUUCAUUUUGCUGACAUCAAACGGGAUUCUCCACUCUUAAAUUUUAAUUUUUCUUUUUAAUUAUCACUGAAAAAUACCAAAAAUAAUUGAUGAAGGCAUGCUUUUUCCCUUUUGAUGACGAACACGAUGUUGGGAAAGUCUGUCGUACGUUUUGACAGCUGGUAUACUCGCCCUGGGAAGCUACGAUGAAGCUUCUGACGUGGUGGGAGCUUCUGUAAAACCAGUGUCUGCUUCUAUGGCUUCUCUUUUGUUUUCUUUUCUUCUGAUUCUUUGGAUGUUCUUUAUAAUGAAGUUUCCAGCGCAACAAGUUCUCCAAACUUCACAUAUAUGAAUUUCAUUCUUGUUUAGUGUCCUGAAGCAGUAUACUGAAUCAGGCCAAAUGGCCAAGUUUUUAGCGGAUGAUCGCUUGGCUUCAAAGCCUCACCUCCGAUGGCGGUUCGCUUUCAUAGCCAUCUACUUCACCAAGGCGCUUGAUUCUUUGUCUAAGAGAACUGUGAAGAAGAGCAUCCCAGUACUGGGCCCUGGAGUACUAAGCUCCCGGUCUUAUCUUUCCAUCGAUGUUCAGGAUGUCCAUGAAGAUGAUUCUGGUCAUGGUCGCUCGGGUGAUGAGCGUGUGUUGUCCUUCCGCAAUGUUGGUCAGAGAAUGCUCACUGAGAUGGUAAGAGACAAGGACUUGGAACGUUUGCGUCAAUUUGGAGGAGUGAAGCAGCUUGCUGCACUUCUGGGGACCAACGAAAAGAACGGUAUCGAUGGCCACGAGGCUGAUCUUAUUCACCGAAGAAAUGUCUUCGGAUCCAAUGAGUACACGAAGCCGCCUAAGAAAGGUUUCCUUAGUUUUGUUGUUGAAGCAUCCAAGGAUACCACCAUUAUUAUACUUUUGAUAUGCGCAGCCCUUUCUCUAGGAUUUGGAAUCAAAGAGGAAGGCCCUAGAGAAGGAUGGUAUGAUGGGGGGAGUAUUAUUGUGGCCAUCCUUUUAAUUGUUGCUGUGUCUUCUAUCAGUAACUUCAGGCAAUCCGGACAGUUUCACAAGUUUUCAAGUGAGAGCAGUGACAUAAGAGUGCAAGUGGUGAGACAAGGACGGAGGCAACCUGUGUCCAUCUUCCAACUUGUAGUGGGGGAUAUCGUGUUUUUGAAUAUUGGGGAUCAGGUUCCUGCUGAUGGGUUGUUUAUGGAGGGUCAUUCCUUGAAAGUGGAUGAGUCAAGCAUGACUGGUGAAAGUGACCAUGUUGAGAUCAAUGAGAAAGAGAAUCCAUUCAUGUUCUCUGGCACAAAGGUUUCGGACGGAUUUGGUACAAUGCUUGUCACUUCCGUAGGGAUGAACACGGCAUGGGGCGAGAUGAUGAGCUCUAUUCGUCGUGAAUUGGACGAGCAGACUCCAUUGCAGGCUCGCCUUGACAAGCUGGCUUCAACUAUAGGGAAGCUUGGUUUGGCUGUGGCUCUGAUUGUUCUUGUGGUUCUCUUCAUCCGGUACUUCACAGGAAACAUUGAAGAUGAUAGUGGGAACAGGGAAUUCAAUGGUAGCAAGACAAAGAUCGACGACGUGAUGAAUUCAGUUGUGCAUCUUGUUUCUGCAGCAGUUACCGUCCUGGUGAUUGCCAUUCCAGAGGGUUUGCCUAUGGCUGUUACACUAACUCUGGCCUAUUCCAUGAGACGGAUGAUGACUGACCAAGCCCUGGUCAGGAAACUCUCUGCAUGUGAAACAAUGGGCUCUGUCACAACUAUUUGCACAGACAAAACUGGCACCCUUACCUUAAACAAGAUGAAGGUGGUUGAGUUUUGGCUUGAGAGUGAACUAAUAAAGGAUGAAACUUACAGGGGAAUAGCUCCAACUGUUCUUGAAUUGUUGAAACAGGGAGUUGGUUUGAACACAACUGGCAGCGUUUGCAAACUUCCUUCCACAUCAGUUCCAGAGAUCUCUGGUAGCCCCACAGAGUCGGCAAUCCUCACAUGGGCACUGGUUGAUUUGGGCAUGGACAUUGAUGAACAGAAGCUAAGUUUUGAGAUUCUCCAUGUAGAGGCUUUCAAUUCACAGAAGAAACGAAGUGGGGUUCUGGUGAACAGAAUCGCUGAUAGCACGAUUCACAUACAUUGGAAGGGAGCUGCAGAGAUGAUACUAGCCAUGUGUUCACACUAUUAUGACAAAAGAGGGAUAGUAAAAGUAAUGGAUGACAAGAAAAGGGGGCAGUUUGGAGGGCUUAUUAGAGACAUGGCAGCUAAAAGCCUGCGUUGCAUUGCCUUUGCCUAUAAACAGGCUCUACAAGAAAAGCUUGAAGAAACUGGCAUGAUCUUGUUGGGGCUAGCAGGCUUGAAGGACCCGUGUCGACCAGGAGUCAGAAGAGCAGUAGAAGUUUGUAGGGAUGCUGGAGUGAACGUUAAAAUGAUCACUGGAGACAACAUUUUCACUGCAAAAGCAAUAGCUAUGGAAUGUGGGAUUCUCAAACCUGAUGAGGAUUUCAACAAUGCAGUUGUGGAAGGUGUAACAUUCAGAAAUUACUCUCACAGAGAGAGGAUGGAUAAGAUUGAUAUCAUCCGAGUAAUGGCCAGAUCAUCCCCAUUUGACAAGCUUUUGAUGGUGCAGAGCUUGAAGAAGAAAGGCCAUGUGGUAGCAGUCACAGGUGAUGGCACCAAUGAUGCCCCUGCUCUAAAAGAAGCAGACAUUGGGCUCUCCAUGGGAAUUCAAGGCACAGAAGUUGCAAAAGAGAGCUCAGACAUUGUCAUCCUGGAUGACAACUUCACUUCUGUGGUGACAGUUAUGAAAUGGGGAAGAUGUGUAUAUAAUAACCUUCAAAAGUUCAUCCAGUUUCAACUCACAAUCAAUGUUGCUGCCCUGGGCAUCAAUUUUGUUGCUGCAGUUGCUUCUGGGAAAGUUCCUCUUACUGCUGUCCAGCUGUUGUGGGUGAACCUGAUACAGGAUACCUUUGGAGCUUUAGCCUUGGCCACUGAGCAACCCACUAAUGAUCUAUUGAUGAAGCCACCUGUUGGUCGAUCCAAGCCACUCAUAACUAAUAUCAUGUGGAGGAAUCUCAUUUCUCAGGCCCUUUACCAGAUUUCUGUCUUGCUGAUCCUACAGUAUAAGGGAAGUUCAAUCUUUGGUGUGGAUGAGAAGAUUAACAACACCCUGAUUUUCAAUACUUUUGUCCUCUGCCAAGUCUUCAACGAGUUCAAUGCAAGGAACAUGGACAAAAAGAACAAGUUCUUCUUCAAGGGGAUACUUAAGAACAGACUGUUUGUAGGGAUCAUUGGGAUUACUAUAGCUCUUCAAGUGGUGAUGGUUGAGUUUCUGAAGAGGUUUGCCAAUACUGAGAGGCUGGAUUGGGGCCAAUGGGGUGUGUGCAUCGGCCUUGCAGCUUUAUCUUGGCCAAUUGACUGGCUUGUGAAAUACCUUCCAGUUUCUGCAAAUUAGUUUUUCAUCUUUUCUAAGACUAGUGCCUCUACAUCAUGAAACAAAUAGCCACCAUCAAAUCUCCCAAGAAUAAUCUUAUGCUUCUUAUCUGGUUUUUGCGUUCGUGCAUAUGUAUCAGUAGUUUCUCCUGGUGUAGAGGUCUUUCUGAAUUCAGCUAAUGGAGAUGAAAUAUUUUCUAUGCCUCAAAA